AACGUUACAACAGCGGUUCCUUUAUAUAUAUUGAUUAUAUUCUUCGUAGUCAGUUCGUAUAGCUACCAGAGGUUACAAAGCAUGGCUUCGGAGGAGCUCUUGGCAUUGGAGAAUGGCCAGCAGGCCAACGGCAACCUGAAGGCGGGCUCCGGCAAGGAGAUCCGGCACGGGAGGACGGCACACAAUAUGUCAUCCUCGUCGCUGCGCAAGAAGUCGGACCUUAAGCUUGUUUCCAAGGUGCCCUGCGGACGACUCAGACAGCUCUUGGCAAACCUCCAGGAGGUCAUCCUGGGGACCAAGCUUUCCGUUCUUUUCCCAGCCAUUCCGCUGGCGAUCGUCGCCGAGUAUUGUAAUUUUGGAAGAUCAUGGAUUUUUGCCUUGAGUUUACUUGGGCUCACCCCACUUGCAGAACGUGUCAGCUUUCUAACUGAACAAAUUGCCCUCUACACAGGUCCAACAGUUGGUGGGCUUCUGAAUGCGACCUGCGGGAAUGCAACAGAACUCAUUAUAGCAUUAUUCGCUCUCUAUAAAAGGAAAAUACAUGUAGUGAAGAGCUCCCUGUUGGGUUCCAUUCUAUCCAACCUUCUCCUUGUCCUUGGGACGUCUCUCUUCUGUGGAGGCUUAGCCAAUCUGAAGAAGGAACAGAAAUUUGACAGGAAGCAAGCCGACGUGAAUUCUCUCCUUCUGUUGCUGGGGCUGUUGUGCCACAUGCUGCCGCUGGUAUUCAGAUACGCCUCCGGCCCGGAGAUACUCACGGCAGACCCAACGCUUCAACUGUCGAGAGCGAGCAGCAUCAUCAUGCUUCUUGCCUACAUUGCCUACCUCUUCUUCCAACUCAAGACCCACAGACAGUUGUUCGAAGCCCAAGAGGAAGACCACGACGGUGAUGAUGUGGGGUCCGAUGAAACGGCUGUAAUAGGAUUCUGGAGUGCAUUUACUUGGUUGGCCGGAAUGACUGCCGUCAUUGCUUUGCUCUCUGAGUAUGUUGUGGGUACAAUCGAGGCUGCAUCAGAUUCUUGGGGAAUUUCUGUCAACUUCAUUAGCAUAAUUUUGCUGCCGAUCGUCGGAAAUGCAGCAGAACAUGCCGGUGCAAUAAUAUUUGCUUUCAAGAACAAGUUGGAUAUAUCUUUAGGUGUUGCUUUAGGGUCUGCAACUCAAAUUGCAAUGUUUGUGGUUCCCUUAAAUGUUAUAGUUGCAUGGAUAAUGGGCGUCAAUAUGGAUCUUGAUUUCAAGCUCCUCGAGACUGGUACUCUUGUCUUGACAAUAAUCGUCACAGCCUUCGCUCUACAGGAUGGGACUUCGCAUUACAUGAAAGGAUUUGUUCUUUUGCUUUGCUAUACUGCCAUUGGGGCUUGCUUUUUCGUUAUCAAAACUCCACUUAACCAAACAAAUGUACUUGAAUCAUCACUUGGAGGAGCGUUGGCAGCUUAACAGGCUGUGGGCUUUAAUUUGGGGUUAAUUAUUCCCCAGAUGGAGAUAAGUGCAUUAUGUGCAAUGGUGAAUGUUUCUGAAGGACAAAUUUUGGUCAUUCUUUGAUUUGAAUUCUUGCUGAUUCUGAAGCGUUGUGCAAUUUACAUUUUAUUGUCCAUAGAGGAUUUUGUGGUGAAUCAAAAAAGCGCAAAGUGGAGGAGCCAUCAAAAUUGAGGUGGACCGUGAAGACAAAUAAUAAUAAUAACACAUUUCAAACUUGAAGAUAUAUGCAGAAUACCCCAUAGACUGUUAUGUAUAGCCUCCUCUAUUUUAGUAGCAUGCAUUUUCCCUACAGCUAUUAUCCUCUUCUUUCUUUGUUAAUUCUAAGAAAUACUGUUUCUUUGUCCAAGAUUGUUGGGGAAAAUUUCAUGUGGGCAUAAAUUGAAUGGAGCAAUUACUUUGUUUCGUUUAAAUAA